AUGUUGAUGGUCGAAAAGCAGUGGAUUGUUGUGCAGCAAAAGACGUUCACAAAAUGGCUUAAUAAUAAGUUGAAGGUCAGAAAUAUAAACAUCGCCGAUCUCACACAUGACCUGUCUGAUGGAGUCAUCCUCAUCCAUUUACUUGAAAUCCUCGGAGAUGAAUCCCUCGGCCGAUAUGCAUCCAAACCCAAGCUACGAGUGCAAAAGUUCGAAAAUGUCAACAAAGGGCUGGACUUUAUCAAAGGGCGCGGGAUACAAAUGACCAACAUUGGUGCAGAAGAUGUUGUUGAUGGCAAUCAAAAGAUUAUUUUAGGUCUGAUAUGGACUCUUAUUUCGAAGUUCACCAUCAGCGACAUUAGUUCCGAGGGCAUGUCUGCCAAGGAAGGUUUGCUAUUAUGGUGUCAACGAAAGACUGCGUGCUACCCCGAAGUCGAGGUCCGAGAUUUUUCUACGAGUUGGAAUGACGGCCUGGCCUUCUGCGCUUUAUUGGAUAUUCACCGCCCUGAUCUGAUUGAUUUCGACUCCCUAGAUAAGAACGAUCACCGCGGUAAUAUGCAAUUGGCCUUUGAGAUUGCGGCCAAUGAGAUCGGCAUCCCAGACUUGCUUGACGUUGAAGAUGUCUGCGAUGUGCCUAAACCGGACGAACGGUCACUGAUGACCUACAUUGCUUAUUGGUUCCAUGCCUUUUCGCAGUUGGAGAAGGUGGAAAACGCCGGACGACGGGUCGAGAAAUUUGUGAGUAACAUGCAAGGUGCCUGGGAGAUGCAGACUUCCUACGAGAGGAGGAUGAGGGAACUCUUGGCUCAGAUCGCGAAGCAACGAGCUGAAUGGCAGGAUGCGUCUUUUGAAGGUACUUAUGCCGAUGCAAAAGAGCAGCUCGCCAAUUUCUCGCACUAUAAAAGAAACCAGAAACGAAAAUGGGUGGCAGAAAAGUCCGAUCUUGCGGCUUUGCUAGGUAAUAUAAAAACAAAGCUAAGCACAUAUCGUCUACGACCAUACGAACCUCCUGCAGAACUCAGACUGGACAAAUGCGAUGAAGACUGGGAGUUAUUAAUGAAAGAAGAACAUGAGCGCAGUCAGAAUAUAAAUGAGGCUAUCAGAGAUAUCAAAAAUAAAUUGCGCCGCUCUUUUGCCGAUAAAGCGAAUGAUUUUGCGCUUACACUAAAGACUUUGACUCUCGCCAUCUCGGGUCUCGAAGGUGACGUCGAUGAUCAGCUCGCCCACGUUCAACGUCUAAACGACAAUCUUCCGCCUCUUGACGCAUUUUUGGAGACCAUUGCAGAUCUAGAAGAGCAGUGUAUCGAAGCCAACAUUGACGAGAACGAUUAUACCACUUAUACGCUUGAUGAACUGUCAUAUGAGUUGGGAUUGGUCAAGUCAAGCGUGGCCAAGAAACUUGCAUUUUUAGAAAACCAAAUGGUAGCACGCAAUAUGACCAACCUUACCCCUAUUCAGUUGGAAGAGUUUGAGUCUGUGUUCCGACAUUUCGACCGCGAUGGCUCAAAUACUCUGCACGAGAUUGAGUUCUCGGCCGCAUUAGCCAGUCUAGGUCUUGUCUACGAUGAAGAAGAGAUGCAUGAAGUGUUCCUGGAGACUUGCGGGCGAAACUCUUCGGUCAGCUUUGAACAGUUCAUCCGGUUUAUGGUCAGUGUAACCGAGGACCAGAACACUGCGGAGCAGGUAUUCCAGAGCUUCCGUGAAGUGGCUGAUGGCAAGCCGUACGUCACAGAGCUGGAUCUCCGACAUUCUCUGAUCCCUGACGAACUCAUCGAGAACCUUCUUGACUCGAUGCCAAAGCACGAGGGACCUGAUCUUUUGGAAGACAGGAAUAUGCCCAAAUAUGACUAUAUUACUUUUAUGGAAAGGAUGAUGGACAGUGAAGGGGCUACGGAGAAUAAUAACCAAAAGCAACAUCCAAUUAACGGGGGCCAUUGA